AUGAGCGAUUUAUAUAUGAAAAAUGGCGAUGGCUUUAUCGUAGUGUAUUCAAUUACUGAUGCAACGAGUCUGAUAAAUACGGUUGAAAUAUUUCAAAGUUUAUUACGAGUUCGGCAAAAAUAUCAUUUUCCAUUAAUUCUCGUUGAUAAUAAAUUGACGAUAUCAAAAAUCGAGAAGUGUCAAGAGGCGAUGGUGAAAAAUAUGCAGCUCAAUACAAUUCAAUAUUUUGUGAAGCAUCAGCGAAAAAUAAUAUUUAUGUCAUCGAGGUUUAUCUUUGAAGAUAUUGUGAAACAAAUUAGAGCUGAAGGGCAAUUAACACCUCAUCAAUUAGAAAAAGAACGUAAACGAUGA